AGCCAAGUUGGGUGCACUCGGAGGUAUCAGUUGAAAGCGCGACUUCGUUCGACUCGGUUGUGUCGUUCCGCCAAAUAUCCCAUCCCAUAGAUACAUCCCAUGCUGAAAAGCAUCUGCAGACGCGCGAUAUUUUGAAGUUGUGUCUGGGGAAGGACUGUGUGAAUUUGUGUGUGUUGAUGGCAUGCCAGUGCCAGUGCCAGAAGCGGAAUAUAUAUUGUAUAUAAUUUAUGCGAACCGAUUUGGUUCCAGUGUGUGAGUGGUCUUGACUUUGUUUGGAGCACUGGAACUGCCGAGCGCUGCAACUGCAGCUUGAUGCACCAGCACCAGCACUCGCAUUCGCACUCGCACUCGGCUGCUGUCUCUGACAUUUGAUCUUUGCAAAGAUCACAUCACAUCGUUUCGUUCCUCGCAUCGCAUUGCAUCGGAUGUGUGACCAUAUGGAAUAUACUUUAGCCACCUACCACCUACAGCGGCAAUUAGUUUGUUUAGUUUAAGACUGAGACUGAGACUGCAACUGCAACGGCGACACGGGCGAAGUUGUAAGCAGCCCGCCUCUGCAAACAUAUCACCUCACCCAACCGAAACUCCGGGGAGAACGAUCAUCAAAAUGUUCACGCAAGCGAUCCCAAAGUAUUCGCGACUCUUGGCCCUGGCUUUGUUCUGCGCUACGCUAUUUUUGGGCAGUGAGGCCCAAAAUGCCUUCCAGACAACAAAUCCUGCCUCACAUCUCAUGGAGAAGACCUCCUUCUCGUGCACGGGACGACCGGCCGGCUACUACGCGGACGUGGAGACGGGCUGCCAGGUGUACCACAUGUGCGAUGGCCUGGGCCGCCAGUUCAGCUACACGUGCCCCAACACUACGCUCUUCCAGCAGCGGAUGCUCAUCUGCGAUCACUGGUACAUGGUGAACUGCUCCAAGGCGGAGAGCAACUAUGCCGCCAAUCUGCUAAUCGGUCAGCGCGACAAACCCUUUGUGAACGAUGAGGAGAAUAGUCUGCGAACCCCGCGACCCGACCUCCUGGAUCGUCCCUAUGCUCCUGACUACUCGGGCGAGUCCUUUAGAAGUCAGUACAAGCAACUAACUCCCAACCAGAAUCAAAUCCGCGACGAAUCCUUCAAGGGUGCCAAUGCCGGACCUGGAAAAUAUGAUCCACAAAUUUCGACGCAGACUCGUUGGCGCAUUCCUCCGCCCAGUCGAACCAUCCAGCCGCCGGCCUACGAGCCACAGAUCGAGCUGCUAAGCAGCACAGCGAAGCCAAGGAUCACCACGACCACCACUCGUCCCGUCACCAGUCGAGCUACCACCAGGACGACAACAACAAAGAAAACGACAACGACAACAACAACUCGGAGACCUGCCACUGUGAGCGUGUCGACCAGACGCACAGAGGCACUGCACACGCGCAGGCCGAUAGUCCUGGCAGUGGAGCAGGACAUGGAGGACCUGGGCACCAGUCACAGCACACGGUACAAUACCUCGGCGGACUUCAAUUCGGUGGAGGGACCACAACGGGCCACAAAGAACACCAGCACGAAGCUGGUGAAGUUCGUGAAGCCGCCAUCGAAGAUCUACGAGCCGCCGUUCCUAUAUCCCAUUUACAACCAGGAUGACGAGACGAGACAACCAGCUGCCAUUGGACCGGGACCGGGACCUGCACCGGUGACCCUUCGCACCUCCACAGCAGCUCCAUUCAGUCCGAGUGUCAGCCGGAUACACAUCAGCGAGGCCAGCAGCACGGCGCGUCCUCAGAGCCGGCCCACAACCUUGGCCGGCUUGCCCUUCUCCUUUGCCUCGCCACCCACGACGACGAGCACGGCCACAGCUCCUCCCAGGACGGAGAACCGAACGCCGGCCCCAGCACAGAGUUUCCGCUUGGCCACGCCCACAUCCGUGCCCACCACUGCGCCGCCAGCACAGCAGAAGCUGCAGCUGCCGUUCAAUGAUCUGCUGCCACCAUUCGUGGACUUUGUGCCUCACGACAUAGCCACCACGCAGGGCCCGCCCAUCUACUACGAGUGGAAAGUGCCCUCCAAUGGCCUGGAGCCCCCAAAGCUAGACCCUCCCAUCGGUGUAGAUGGCCGCGAGUAUCCCGAGACCACUGGCGACUAUGGGGUGGUCAAGGGUAGGGCGGACAUAUUCAGCACCAGGCUGAACGACAUUGCCAGCCAUCCAGCAGGUCCAGUUCAGGUGCAGGUGCCGGUGCAGCAAUCGAGCACCAGCAGACGCUUGCCCACCUCAAGGUCGAUCAAGACCACGGAGAAGUAUGAUCAGGCACAGCGUCGCUCGGAUGUGGUGGGAAGUUCCACGGACAUAACAACGCUUCGGAAGCAGCUGCUCAUUCCUGAGUACGCCUUUCCGCUGGAGACGAUUGGGCGGACGGGCUAUGGUCCUGGCGCCGGCAUCGGUGCCAGUUCCAGUUCCAGCUCCAGCUCCAGCACCGGGGAUGUCUACAAUUCAUUUCAGUUAAAGAUCCCCGAGCAUCGUAGCGGAUCGGGCAGCAGUUCCAUCAAGUGGUUCGGCGAGAAUCCCAAGUGUCCGGAGUGCCAUCCAUCGUUCGUCCUGCCGGGCACCUGCGAGCCAUGCCUGAGGAGAUAGUCCAGCUCUACAUAGCCUCCCAUUUACCCAUUAACCGCAUUCCAUUAUCCGCAUCCGCAUCUGCAUCUGCACCUGCUCCUAGGUCCUAGUAUUAGCCCUUGCUGCCCCCCAGAGCGAGCCAGAGAGAAGCAUCUUUCACGCAUUUAAAUGUUAAAUGUUAAAGUUAUUGUACAUCAGCAGUAAAGACAAUGCAUUAUUGUUUGAUAAUUAAAGUUACGCAAAUUAUUUUGU